AUGGAAGAAAUAAGAAGUGAUUUAAUUUCUGAAAAUAGCUUCGACUCACACAAUAAAAGCAGUAAAAAACGAGAUUACAAAUAAUAUUCUCAGUAGAAUGAAGCUGAAGAAUUUACUUUAGGAGAGCUUGAAGAAAGGAAUAAAUUUAAAUUAUAUAGCGAAAGAAUAUACUAAAAUGAUUCUAUUGACUAAGCUCAUUAAAAUGUUUCUAAGAGCGAGUAUACCUGCUUUCCUCCUAUUAAAUUCAGAUAAAACGAAUAGUAAGAAAAUUAACCUAAAAAUAAAUUGACUGAUUUUUACAUGAAUCAACUAGUGCAUCAUAAAAAUCUGAAAACGAACAAGCAUUUCAUUAACUUUCGCGCUCUAUUUUAUGAAGACCCUUUCUAUAAAGAAAAAAAUUUAUGCCCGAAAAAGACCUUAAUUUCUGCCUUUUUGACUACUAAAGGUUUAGAUGAAGAACUUGUGCUUCCUUUAGUGAAGGCAAAUGUCAAAGUAGUUAUUGCUGAUGAUAAGAUAAAAUAAUGGAAUGAGAAAAGAAAUGUGAUUAAAAAUCAUUAAUAUUUUGAAAAUUUUACAAUAGUUUAUCCUCCAAAAGACUAUCUUUCUAAAACUUGGGGUUGCUUUCAUUCGAAAUUGUGGAUACUUAAAUUCCCUAAAUUUCUUAGAAUAGUGAUUGGGACAGGAAAUUUAAGAAUUCUUCACUGGACUAACUGGUCAAAUAUUAUAUGGUUUAAAGAUUUUGAAUUGAUACCAUAACAAAUUUAAGUUUCUUAAAGCUUAGACUAUUUUAAUAGUAAUAUCUCAAUAGGAUCUAAAGGAGUCAAAGUUGUUAAUCUAGAAAAAAAUUAUAGAAACAUAAAUGAUGUAGAUAUGAAUGAGGAUUUUAUAGAUGUGCUUAAUGAAUUUAUAGAUAAAAUAUGUCCCUAUUUUGAUGUUAAGGAGAUGCUUGAUAUUAAUUUAAGAAAUUAUUAAAUAAAAGGAAUUAAUUUUAUGCUUGUUUCCUCUCUUCCAGGAAAGUUUUCAGGCUCUUAAAUACAUGAUUAUGGAAAGAUGAGGAUCAGAAAAAUUUGUUAAGUAUUCAAUCCAAGAAAUAUUGACUCAAAAAAAGUUCUAUACUCUCAAAGCACUAGCUUAGGUACUAUAGACAGAACCUUUGUUAAUGAAUUUUUGUUUUGCUUUUUACCUUAUCAAUUUUGCAGCGAAAUAGAGCUUAAAGAUAAAGUGAAAAAAAAUGACCCAGAAAAAAAUGAUGAAAUUAGAUUAAUAUUCCCUUCUAAGGAUUAUAUUUAAAAUAAAACUCUAGAUGGAGCUGGCUAUUCUGAUACUUUAUUUUUAACUAGUAAAAGAUACUAAAAAGAGUCUUUUCUUAAAAAUAUAUUUUACUAAUUUUAAUGCAAGUAAAUGGAUUCUUUGGGUGAAUCCCAAGAUAAACAAAAAGGAAUUAUUCCUCAUUUUAAGACUAUGAUAGUCUGUGAGUAAAAUGGAGAAAUAAAUGAUGAUUCAAUCAUUUAUAUUGGAAGUCAUAAUUUUUCUGAAGCAGCAUGGGGAAAGCUAAAUAAAGAUAAUACUCAGCUUUACAUAAGUAAUACAGAAUUAGGAAUAUUAAUUCCACCCUUAAAAGGAUCGUAAGAAAUAAAAGAAGAGAUUAUUGAAAUAAUGAAUUAUAAAUUUCCAGCUAAGCCGUAUAGAGAAAAAGAAAAACCAUAUAUUAGUGAUAUUGAUCAUCCAAUAUUUUAAAAAUGA